CCGGGCAACCGGGCUGCACCUCGCGGGGCCGACUUCGCUUCCUUGCUGGGAGUGCGCCUGCGCGGUCGGUCGCUGAGGGGUUUUCACCUCCGCUUCCACUCCCCCUGACGCCCCACAGGGGCUCGGGCCCAGCGGGACCAUGUUCACCAGCACGGGCUCCAGCGGGCUUUAUAAGGCUCCUCUGUCAAAGAGCCUUUUGCUGGUCCCCAGUGCCCUGUCCCUUCUGCUGGCUCUCUUGCUGCCUCACUGUCAGAAGUUCUUCGCAUAUGACCUGCAUGCCAUCAAGAACGACUUCCAGAUUUGGAGGUUGAUAUGUGGAAGAAUCAUUUGCCUUGACUUGAAAGAUACUUUCUGCAGCAGUCUACUUAUUUAUAACUUUAGAAUAUUUGAAAGACGGUAUGGAAGCCGGAAAUUUGCAUCCUUCUUGCUGGGUUCCUGGAUCUUGUCAGCCUUAUUUGACUUUAUCCUUGUGGAAGCUGUGCAGUAUUCAUUUGAUAUCACUGUGGCCAAUAAUUUGCCUUCUGGAUUCUUGGCACCCGUGUUUGCUCUGUUUGUACCAUUUUACUGCUCCAUACCAAGAGUCCAAGUGGCACAAAUUCUGGGCCCGUUGUCCAUCACAAACAAGACAUUGAUUUAUAUAUUGGGACUACAGCUUUUCACCUCUGGUUCCUACAUCUGGAUUGUAGCCAUAAGUGGACUCAUUUCUGGCAUGUGCUAUGAUCACAAAGUUUUCCGGGUUCACCAGGUGUUCUGCAUCCCCAGUGGGAUGGCUCAGUUCUUCUCUUGGACUCUUGAACCCAUCUUCUCAUCUUCAGAACCCACCAAUGAGGCCAGAGUUGGGAUGGGAGCUACUGUGGACAUCCAAAGGCAGCAGAGGAUGGAGCAGCUCGAUCGGCAGCUGAUGCUCUCUCAGUUUGCACAAGUGAGGCGUCAGAGGCAGCAGGGAGGAAUGAUCAAUUGGAAUCGACUUUUCCCUCCUUUACGUCAGCGACGAAAUAUAAACUACCAGGACAGUCCACAGUCUGAACAGCAAGCAUCUCCUCCUCUGGAAGUUUCUGAAGAGCAGGUUGCCCGGCUCAUGGAGAUGGGAUUUUCCAGAGGAGAUGCCUUGGAAGCCCUAAGGGCUUCAAACAAUGACCUCAACAUGGCCACCAACUUCCUGCUGCAGCACUGACGUUUAGCCCGGCUGCUGCAUGACAGUGGAGUGUCCCCGUCACAUCAACCUGAGGACCAAGCAGACUCCGGCACAGAUAUACAGAUGUCCUGCCACGCACUGUCCUUAACGCCAAGAUGGUUACCACUGUGGUAUCAAAAUAAGUUUGCCAUUAAAUUAACAUGUCUUUUCUAUCUUUAUUUUUUUAUUGGGCAUUUCUCUGAGUCUGGCGAAUCAUCAUUCCUAACAUGUUGAAAUACACUACAGUUGCAGGUUUCUGUGCCAGUUUCAUAGCG